UGAAGGAGCAAUGCCAUUACACCGUCUGCGCACGUGGAGAGUAAACAACUGCUGCGCCGAAAAAACACGGACCUUUGUCAAACUAUUAACUUUUGUGCAGUUGUGGUUUGCUUAUGAGCACAUCGAAACAUUUUUUUGCACUAUUACUCAUGUUACAUGGGGAGUUUCUGUGAAUUAUUUAAACAACAUUUUGCGAAAGAAACAACAGAAUCGAUUUUUAAGUUAAACGCAUUGUGAAGAAGUAUGGUAGAUAAAGGCCCCCUGUUAACUUCGGCGAUUAUUUUUUAUCUGUCCAUCGGGGCAGCAAUAUUUCAAGUUCUAGAGGAACCCAAUUGGAAACUUGCAUCAAAACAGUACAGGGAUCAAAAGAAUAAGAUCCUGGAAGAUUACCCCUGUCUCACGAAAGAUGACUUGGACAGAAUAUUAGAGGUGGUGUCGAAUGCUGCAGACCAGGGUGUCACCAUCACAGGCAGCAAGACCUUCAACAAUUGGAACUGGCCUAAUGCGGUCAUCUUUGCUGCUACUGUCAUCACAACUAUUGGUUAUGGGAACAUUGCCCCCAAAACAUCAGCAGGACGGGUAUUCUGCAUAUUCUAUGGGCUUUUUGGGGUCCCUCUUUGUCUGACCUGGAUCAGUGAACUUGGAAAGUUUUUUGGUGGUAGAGCCAAGCACCUGGGCCAGUAUCUUACAAAGAGAGGACUGUCACUGCAAGGAAUAAACAUUUGUUGUGUUAUAGGAAGAUUUGGGCUUGGGAAAGUGACUUACCGGAAGGCACAGUUUACCUGCACAGCCAUCUUCAUACUCUGGGGCGUGCUAGUGCAUCUGGUCAUUCCUCCAUUUGUGUUCAUGUCCCAAGAGGGUUGGACCUAUGUGGAAGGAUUGUACUUCUCCUUUGUCACCUUAACCACUAUUGGCUUUGGUGAUCUUGUUGCCGGUGUGGAUCCAAAUGCAGAUUACCCUACUCUUUACCGGUAUUUUGUAGAGGUUUGGAUUUACUUGGGCCUGGCUUGGCUGUCUUUGUUUUUCAACUGGAAGGUUCGCAUGGUAGUGGAGGCCCACAAGGCCCUUAAGAAGCGCCGUAAGCGACGUAAGCUAUCCCUGGAUGAAUUAAGACACCACAAGGAAAGCCACAAAGCCACCCUGCGCCUGCCAUCUACUGCCAAUGAUGCCAAUAUCUUCAGGUUCUUGUCCAAGAAGCAGGAGGGCUAUAACGACCUCAUCAAGCAGAUUGGUGCCAAGAAAGAAAGUGAGAGCCACUGCAGCACUGCCGCCACUGGUUCAAACAUCAAGGUGACGAAUCGCUCCAAGAGCUGCAAUGAAGAGGUCACUUCGAACAAAAACACCAUCCUAAGCCUGGACCGGUCACCACGGCAAAAAAGACGAUAUAGCUUUAGCGACCGUGUCACAGUGGCCUUUUCAAAGUCUAAGAACUACCUCCUGGGGUCUGAGAACGGCAUGCUGUUGACUGAGGAACUAGCAGAGGGUGAACAGGAAAGGAUGUACGAGAACCAGCUCGAUAAAGAUGUUGACCAGGAGAGUGGGGCGUGUGGUUUUGGAGGGGCGGGAGGCUGUGCUAUGGGCAGCCAUAGGACAUGGGACACCAAAGACUACCAGCCCUUGAUUUUCCAGAAUGCAAAUAUCACUUUUAUUGAUGAGGAUAACUUACUUAACAAUAUUGAGGAAGAUGAUGAGGGUGACGCCAAUGCCAAAUCGUCUAUUACCACAUAUGAUGAAAAUGUGGAUUCGGAGACGGACUCAAAAGAGGAGCUGGUCUUAGAGUCGGAAGGAUCUGUGUUCACAAGUGACGGGUCGGAACAUGGGCAUUCAUAUGAGAAGCUCGUGGAAGAGUAUUCCAAGGAAGAUAACACAGAGUCUUAAGAAACUGUCAUUUUAAGAUUGAUUUAUUCCUAACUGUUCACCUCUGGUUUUAGAAAAGGAUGAAACAUGAGAGUUUCAUAUAUAAGAAUGUCCACUGUAUUUCCAUAUUCAAGAAUGGGCUCAGGCAUGCCCUUUUUAGAUAAGAUAUACAGUAUAUGACAAAGGGUUAUUUUAUUACCAAAUUAAAUGUAAAUACUUUAACAAUCUCUUUCAAAUCUGUAAAGCAUACAUGUCAUAGACUGAUAUAAAAUUCAGUGGCACUAAAAUCUGUCAUCAAUAAGGACUAGGAACUUGAUGUUCCCCUUUGAUGUUCAGUGAGUUCAACUCAUGUUCAGUAUUUGUUUGGUCCAAAUGUCAAUUUACCUGUACUUGCCUGUACUUAUUUCUACUCAUUAGAAAUAACAGGAAUUAUUAUUGAGAGGAUUGCCCCUGGCAUGAUUAAUAUUCACCAUAUUGGUGCAUUUUAUGUAUUUCUAAAAUGAAGGACAUUUCAUUCUUUUGAAUUAAUACUAUACCAAUGUCAUUUUACAAUUUAUUGCAAUAAGGGCAGUUUGAAUUCUCUUAAAAUCUUCUCAAAGCAGAAUCUUCUCGACCCAAACCAAACGCUUUCAUUCCUGCUUUGAUAUGAGUCAUUAUACAUUAAACUGUUUCGUUAUCUGAAAUGUAUGUUUAUAUUGACUGUGAGUUUAGUAUUUGUAUUGUAACUUGGAUGUAAAUAGAUGCAGGCAUAAAGUCUCAUCGGUAGGAUGAGGGAACAACUUGAGGCUGCCUAGUACAGAGAAUUUGGGUAGUAACACAUUCGAAGUAUUUUGGGACUAGGUAGAAUUCAUAACUCUUCAAUUUAAGAUAUUUCAGACAAAAUGUAGAUAUACUGCCCAAUUGUCUUACCUGUAAAAGGGGGCUCACAUGGUCCUUCUGCUUCAGAGCACAAAACUGUCUUGUUAGACCACAUGGUGAUCUCAGUUUAAAUUGAUUUAUGAUUAGUCCCUGUGACUGGGGAACCACUGGUAUAGAGCUCAAACCUGUUUUUAAAUGAUUUUAUAUUUUUUAUUGGGCUUCUGUGUUAUUUAAAAAAUAGUCCAAGUCCACUCAGUUAGAUUUAAAAAACUUAUAUUUUUUUCAAACUUUAAAUCUCUACAAAUGUGUAUUGCAGUCUGGCCUUUUGGAGACAUGUUUUUAUUUGCUAUAUAAACAUUGGAAAAGUGUCUGUCAGUUGCUCCCACCACAGUUUUGUCCAGGCCAUGGCCUUGCAGCCUGUAUUUACUCAUGGGGGCUCGUGCUGGCAUGAAUGACGGAAAUGUAACUCAUGUGGGUGUCCAAGGUUAACGUGUGGUAGAUCAAUGUUCCUCUGACGUGAGAUCAGUCAUGACACGUAAAUAUGUCAAUUUCUAUGCUUAUAUAUACUAUUUUUAUGUUUUUUUUUCAGUGCUCAUCUCUGCAUAGUUGAUCAGUGAAAAUUGUAAAUCAUUUUGUACUGUGGGUUAAAACUGUAGCCUGCCUGUAUAUUUAAAAUGGUUUCUACUAAAUUUUGCACAUGUUAGAGAAGAAGCAACCUCUUAUCACUGUUGCUGUGUCUAAGAUACAGAACCAGUUAUUCACUUUCAGUUAUUCAAGUAGGGCAACUGUACCUUGCACCGACAUAACUGUGUAGUUAUGUAAAAUAGGCCAACUGUGACCUAUUAACUGUGCCAGAUAAUGAUAACUAAUGUAUGUAAGCAUAAAAAACCAAGGCACCGUUGGAAUUGUUUGCAAGCAUUUAUUCUGGAGAAUGUCGGACAAAAUUGACAUUUAUCUGGACAGUAUCAAAUGGCUCCUUUUGUGCCGUGACAACAGUAUAUGUGCAUGUCUAGUACGUCUGUGAAUUUAAUUUCAAGAAUGUAUUCCUUAUCAACAUGAUCAAACAAGAAGUUUGUUGGUUUGAACAUGUCUUGGAAGCAGCCUCUAAACUUGAUUGGUUGGCCAUUUCAUUCAUUCAAAUGAUUGUGCAAAUGUUCUUGUUGAAAUGUACAUUUGGUUUGUAUAACUGAAAUGGCCAGUUUUGCACAUUAUCUCCAUGUAAGCAGAAUAAAUAUCUUAAUUAAUCUUACUGUUUAUGUAAGUAAAUGAAUCCUUGCUCAGUCCCAUUGCUCUACAGCUGUAAUUUCUCACUCCCGAUCACAUGUGACCUCAUGGGCAUAUUUGUUACUUUCCUGUAAUAAUAUCUAAUGUCUGCUGACUCAAAUGAGGCAUCAUGCUCCUCUGUGUUUCUCCUUUUCAUGUUUCUUUGCCAAAGCAUAACGCUAUGUGAAAAGAUGCAGCCUACAGUAUUGCUCAUACAUGCUUCUAUUGGUGACUAAUCAGAAAGUCUUUGCAGUAAUAACAAUGGGGAGAAAUAAUUGUAAAUGCCAGAUGUAGAUGUUAAUAAGACUUCCUAGUCUUAAGCUGCCUAGUCAACUGAAUUAAUCAGGUUGUUAAAUCUCAAUUGUGGAAUAGCUGACCGUUGGUGAAUCUGAAUUAGGGUUAAGGUUAUUUUUAGAAACAGCAAGAGGAAAAAGAAAGCUGAAUAACUGAUUAGGAUGUAUGGCUUGAGUAGUUUUUCAUUUGAAAUCAAAAGGUUUUGAGUGCAUUUGCUCUGUAAGUUUUCAUUCAUUUGUCGCUCCAUUAUGUUAAACUCCAGUCGACUUUUAUAUUAAGUUAUUUACCACUUGUAUAUUGUCUUGUACAUACAGUUCUUGCAAAACCAUAUAUAUUUUAUUUGUUUAAAUAAAUUAAACGUGAUUUUA